GGCGGAGGCCUCGGGGCUGGUGGAGAUGCAGGAGCAGACGAUGAUGUAACGUGAAAGCAUUAGGAGACUCUGAUUCUCUCUCCCCUUUUGUGAUGAUAUUUCGCCCGUGAGUGUAAGGAAGGGAGAUCAUGGCGCAUAGACUUCUGACGGCGGCCAGGAGGCUAGACAGGCUGCUGCAGAAAGUUAAAAAGACGGGUUCUGUAGACCCCAAUGUGGUUGGAAGCCAGCUGGCCCAUCUAGAACUACCCAAUGGAACUAUACUGCUGCAACAAUGGAGGAUGUUUUGCCAGAAGCCUCCUCGUGGCUUUGAGAAGUACUUCCGUGGAGCAAGCAAGCAAGGCCCCAAGCAACAGCCACAGCAGAAGGCAGACACGCCCCCUCCACAACAGCAGUCCUCAAAUAAACCUUCAACCCCAAAGGACCCCUUCAACUUGAGCUUGUUUGGCUCUGGGAGCAAAUCUGGCAAGGGCGGUGGGAGAGGUGGUGGAGGCAAACCCCUUGGUGAAGGGAGCGACCGUGACAGAUGGGUGGCCAUGGCAGCUCUGGCCGCCAUGGGCUUGUUAGGAGUUGCUGCCAUUUACCAGAUGGGCUACAAGGAGAUCACGUGGAAGGAGUUCUCCAAGAACUAUUUAGCAAAGGGAAUUGUUGAAAAACUAGAAGUUAUUAACAAGAAAUGGGUCCGUGUCAAACUAAUGCCCGGAAACCAGGUGGAAGGAGCUACAACUUUAUGGUUUAGCAUAGGGUCUGUAGAUGCCUUUGAACGUAAUGUAGAGACUGCACAAAUGGAGGCAGGAAUCGAGCCUUCGAAUUUCAUUCCGGUGGUCUAUAAGAAUGAGUUGGAGCCCGCCACUCUCACGUCAUUCCUGCCCACUUUACUGAUCAUAGGUUUCCUUAUCUUCAUGAUGAGAAGAUCAGCCCAGAUGAUGGGAGGUUCUGGGGGCCGAAGAGGGGGAGGGCUCUUUGGGGGGGUCAUGGAGUCGACUGCGAAGAUGGUCAACCCCACAGACAUUGGGGUUGCAUUUAAGGAUGUAGCUGGAUGUGAAGAAGCCAAGAUUGAAAUUAUGGAGUUUGUGAAUUUCUUGAAGAACCCUCAGCAGUAUACAGAGUUGGGUGCUAAGAUUCCCAAGGGAGCUAUUCUCACAGGUCCUCCCGGCACAGGCAAAACUCUAUUAGCCAAAGCAACUGCUGGAGAAGCUAAUGUGCCUUUCAUCUACGUCUCAGGUUCAGAGUUCUUGGAGAUGUUUGUGGGUGUUGGUCCAUCCAGGGUAAGGGACAUGUUUGCCAUGGCCCGUAAGAAUGCCCCAUGCAUCCUCUUCAUGGAUGAAAUAGAUGCUGUCGGGCGGAAACGAGGUGGAAGAUCCUUUGGUGGUCAUUCAGAACAGGAGAACACUCUCAACCAGCUUCUUGUAGAGAUGGACGGCUUCAACACCACAUCAAAUGUAGUGGUAUUGGCUGCAACCAACAGAGUUGACAUUUUGGACAAGGCUCUCCUCAGGCCAGGAAGGUUCGAUCGUCAGAUUUUCGUGCCGCCACCAGACAUCAAGGGUCGAGCUUCUAUCUUCAAAGUCCACUUGGGGCCACUGCGCACUAGUCUUGAUAAGGAUGAAUUGUCUCGCAAGAUGGCUGCUCUCACUCCAGGGUUUACUGGAGCAGACAUUAGCAAUGUAUGUAAUGAGGCAGCUUUGAUUGCUGCCCGUGAUGCACAGAAGGAUAUUAUCUUGAAGCACUUUGAGGCUGCCAUUGAGCGUGUUGUGGCUGGCAUGGAGAAGAAAACCAAUGUGUUACAGCCAGCAGAGAAGAAGACUGUAGCAUACCAUGAGGCUGGUCAUGCUGUUUGUGGGUGGUUCCUGGAGCAUGCUGACCCCUUGCUGAAGGUUUCCAUCAUUCCUCGAGGAAAGGGACUUGGUUAUGCUCAGUACCUCCCCAAAGAGCAAUUCCUUUUCACACAGGAGCAGCUCUUUGAUCGCAUGUGUGUUAUGCUGGGUGGACGUGUGUCAGAGAGCAUUUUCUUCAAUGCUAUAACCACUGGAGCACAGGAUGAUCUGCAGAAGGUUACUAGAUCUGCCUAUGCGCAGAUUGUCCAGUAUGGCAUGAACGACCGCAUUGGCCAGCGUGUAUACCAGAUGCCAGAGCCAGGAGAGAUGGUCAUGGAGAAGCCUUACAGUGAGGCCACAGCACAGGCUAUUGAUGAAGAGGUUAAAGCUCUCAUUGACAAUGCUUACCAGAGGACCUUGGAUAUCCUUACUGAGAAGAAGGCUGAUAUUGAGAAGGUUGCCAAGAGACUGUUGGAGAGGGAGAUCUUGAGCCGUGAUGACAUGAUUGAGCUCUUGGGACCACGACCCUUCAAGGAAAAGUCUACCUAUGAGGAGUUUGUCGAAGGUACCGGCAGCUAUGAAGAAGACACUAGCCUACCUGAGGGCCUGAAGCAGUGGAACAAGUCGAAAGAAGAAGAAGCAAAGGAGAAAGAGGAAAAGGAAAAGGCAAAGAAGACUAGUUAACCAAUGUUUUGUUCCUCUCUCUUUUUUUUAUCAUCACCUUUUUUUUUUAUAAAGAUUAUCAAGGACUUGUAAUAUUUCCCCUCCCCUCUCCCUUCCUUUACUCCUUGCCUCCAAUCCCUCCUAUACCUCUGUUGUAUAUUACUUGCUUCAUGCAGAUAUUUGGAUGUAGAAUGAUGUAAUAUAAUAAAGAAACAUUGAAAUAUA